ACACGUACGAUUAUCUUAAAAAAGAACGUCAUUAACAUAAUCUCCUUGUUUACUUCGCAUAUUUAUUGUUGAUUGAGAAAAUGCAGAAUCUAACAAAUUUAAUAUAUUCCGCGUUCCACGAGAGAGUGCUAAAAUUAAAUUUUCGAACGUGCAAUCGUAAUUUGUACGUCGUUUCUUGGGUUUUAUAUUUCAAAAGGGGAUAAUUACUAUAGAAAGAAAGUCGUCGUGACAAGCAUAGAUUAUGAGGGAAAACAGCAAAAAGGCAAUGGCGGCUAUUCUUCGGACGGUCAUUCAGUUUAUCACGAAAAAUUUCGGAAAAAUGUGAUCCUCGUGUCGGUCCAUUGCAAGCAAAAUCGAGGUGCGGCCUGAAGGCCUAGAGAUGGUAUUGCCUGCAGAAAAGAGAUGGCACGCAGCAUGUAUAGACAAUGGCUGGCAAACGUAUGAAGCAGUUGUUAAAUUCAAUGAGUAACGAAUGGUGGUUAAUAGUGGAUCAAAUAGGAAAGACCGUCGGCAGGCAGGAAGGAGUAAACAAUCGAGCGUGCCUAAGUAAUGAGCGAAACUCGGCAUCAUCUUCACUCGGUUUCGGACUUGUAUGCAGCCGACGAGAUAGAAGUACUUCUCUUAGAAGAGAUUCGUGACCUGGAAUUACCAGCCUCUGCAUAUUCUAGACCUGAGGAUAUUCAGGACUUUGAUAUUGGCAGUAGAACAGGGGGGCAAAUUAGCUCCCAACCUUUGGAGCUGGAUUCACCAGGGGUCCAUUCAACAGUCCAUUCAUGGGACUCACAUGCUAAUUAUCAUGGUCACUAUGGCUAUGGUGAUCACCAUGGCUCUUCCUCGAAUGCUUUGGCUUGGCCAAGAGCAAGUCAUUUGGUACUUUAUUGCGAUAUACAGGGACAUCUUAAAACAGCUAUUGGUGUUAUUAGACUCUUACUACUUAUAUCGUCUGCAGCAUGUUUGGCAACAUUGUGCAGCUCCGGUACUGCCAAGGUCAGCUUAUUUAUGUUGCCUUUAGUCGGGCGGCUGCGUUUCAUGAUCUUUGUAGCAGUUUUCUGUUUUUUGGUCACUGCAUUACUCCUUUUUCUUGAUAUUUCACAUGUUAUCUAUGUUUUUCCUUUCAAUUGGGCAAAAUUGAAUGCUUGGAUAUUCACUGGUAUAGGCUUAUCUUAUGCCUUGAGUAGUGCAUUAUUAGCAUGCUCCAUAUGGGAAUAUCACAGCGGUGGCUGGGUGCCAAAACGCACUCGUUCUCAAUUGUCUGCCGCGGCAGCACUUGGAUUGUCAUGUGCUAUUUUAGCUUUCUUACUUUCGUGGAUACAUGGUCGCAGUGGGUCAAACUGUAGGAGUUCGGAUAGUCGUAAUCAUACACCAACGCAACUGUAUAAACCUGUUGACAAUUCUUCCUCUUCAGGAGUCACUCUCAAAGAGCGAAGCCCCAAGAGGCCUGCUUCGUGGGUUGUUAAAAAUCAACAGUCAAGGAAACAAAAUACAGACAGUGAUACAAAUACGAACAACGGCCAUCACGGGAAUGAUACAAAAUAUAAACAAGACGCUAGUAGAAAAGAUCAUUGGGCUUCUGCGAGGGAGCACUUUUUACAUACCCAAGAAACCAACGAAGAUAUUCAAAGAAGUGACAUCGACAUUGAAAGGAGAAGACGGAGACGAAGAAGAGAUGGUGAUAGUAGUUCAACGGGCGAUGGAAAUUUAAUAAGUACCAAACCCAAUAGUGGUCAUGUUUCGGAAGAUAAUAAACCUAGGCGGGUACCGCGAAAAUUACCUCUACAGUCGGUGGAGCAGUCCCGACCUUGGUCUGGUGCUGAGCACAGAGGCAGUAGUUCUAUGCAAGUUAGAAAUAAAACUUUACAAAUGCCAGUGAACAAUAAAGCACAAGACUAUUGUGGCAUAGAUGAAUCUAGUUCAAUGCAAGUGACUCAAAAUGGUUUCCAUUGGGAAAUGGAAUGUACAUCUAGUAAUAGUAUGGAGAAAACAGCAGAAAUAGCUAUGGACCGUACUGCCAUGUGGACUGGACAAUGGCAACCACCAUCUGACGAUGUCCAACCUUGUUCUAGCAAAACUAUUGAUCCUUACAGCUUUGCCUGAUUGAAUUUAAAAAUGCAAACAUAUUGUGUUAGAAAAUGUUGGACUCAUUGGAGUGAAAGAUUUAUGGGAACAGUUGUUACAUAAUACAGAACGUUUCCCUUGGAACGAUAGUUUUGUAACUUUCUUUCGCUGUUGAUAUCAAGAAAAGGAAAAAAAAAAACGAAUGAAAAUAUUUUAUUGUCUUGUCAGUGAAAUAUUUAUAUUGUUUCCAAAUGAAUUUCUCUAAAUUGAAUGUGUUUAAAAUUACAUAUAUAAAAAUCACUUCAAUGUUAAAGUAGUGCACAGUGACCACAACAUCUUUGUUGUCAUUUUUUACAUCUUCGUUUCCUCCUCUGUGCAUAAAAUGGGAUUAAGUUUGGAAUUAAAUUGUUACUUAAUACAAGUAUAGAUAAAUUCCAUUUUCAUAAGAAAGCUAUAUAUUGUAAUUGAGACCAUGGGACAACGUCUUAUGUCCAGACAUUCAACAAUCCUGUAUAAAAUUAUCGUUGCCUUGUAUAUUAUGCUGCCAAGAAGAUAAUUUCACUUUAGUUGUCGAUUUUUGACAUUUUGCAUUACAAUACAACCAGACUGCCUGUCUUUAACAUACAGAUAAUGUUUCAUUCCAAUUGUAUAAUUAUAUCAAAUGCUAAAUUUAAGUAUUAACGGGAUUAUUUGUAAGUAUAACUUACAUCAGUAAUUAAAGAUUAAAAUAUUUAUUUAUUAUAUUAUUGUAUUUUAAUGCCAAUAUAUUCCAUUUCCAUGCAUACUCGAUAGUUAACAAGGUGUAAUCAAAUCAAUGUAUUAACAUUUUGUUUUUGACUACAAAUUUAUAAAAAUUGUUCUUUUUUAACAGGUAAUAAAUUUUUUUACUAAGAUUAAGAAAUUUUUAUCAAUUUAGUUUCUCUCGUUACGAGUAAAUUAUAUAGAGAAUUAGUAUGCAUGGAAUAAGUAUUUAAAUUGUACUACUUUAAUCAUUGUUUAAAACGAUAUCCUUGUUGCACAGAGAUGGACGUAGAAAUGUGUUUUGCAAAUUUAGAUAAGAAUUGAUAAAUAAGAAUUAUUUUCUGUAAUACGAUAAAAUCUAAUUUUUUUAUACGUAAACAAUUGAAUUUUAUAUAAUUAUGUAGUCUGGUAGUUUAGAGAAAGUCCAUCUCUAUUUUUGUAAAAGAUACAAGCACUGCAGGAAGGGAAUGUAAAACUGCAAUGACGUUGCAUUAUUUAUUUACGUUAAUGAAAAUUUCAAACCAUUUCUAGUCCAAUACUCCUGUACAAUCUUGUCUCCAUCGAUUCAUCAAAUUAAAGAACAAAGUAAUUUUUAGUAUAUACAUAUCGUAUUAGAGGUACAACUCAUCUUGAAAAUUAUCAGAAGAUUGUGUUUUUUUGACCGAUUGAUCUUUCGAAUCUCUUAUCUUAGAACAAGCGAUACAUGGAAUCGAUUAUAUUGGGACCUCGUUUUCGUUUCAUUUGAUUAAGACUAUUAUAAUCACACGAAUACAAAGUGAUUAAUUUUGAUUAGGAUCAUAAGUGACAGCUACUUUGUCUUUUGAUACAAUAUUAGAAUAUACAUCCUGAUCAGGCAUGUAAUUAUAUGUUGGCGUAUGUAACGCGUCAGUUGUCUAAUUAAUUAAUUAAUUAAUUAGUAUAAGAAAAAGAAAUGCGUGUUCAUAUAGGAUCAUAAAGAAAAAGAAAAGAAUAGUAUAUAUUACAGUAGCUUCGUUGUGUCAAAAUAUUGAUAACGUUGUAAUUUGGUUUUCUUGAACACAACGAAGAAAUAAAUGUAAUUUUUCUUAUACAUGGUACAUUAUUGGUGUACUGAUAAAGUGUUUAAAAAAAAAAUAUGGAUAGAUUUCAUGAUAAAAGUGUUGGGUGGAAAUGUUACAUGGUGCAAAA